CAAAAGAGCUGAGAUGAAAUCUAGAGCCUGCCGAAAUGAGGUGAAGGUACAUGCGGGGUCUCAGAGGAGCAUACGCGGUGUACACCUAGUCUUGUUAUCGGAUGAACAGUUAAUCCCAGAAGAUAUUCUGCAUGGAUACUUUAAUUUUAUUUAUAAUUUACCCAAAUGCCGUCGUUUCCUGUAAUUAAAUCUCCAACUCCAAACCUCUCCAAUUGAAGUCAAAUGGAGGCAAGUGUGGGUUUGGUCGCCGGUUCUCAUAAUCGGAAUGAACUAGUAGUUAUCCGUCGAAAUGGGGAUUCCGCUCAGCCUAAACCUUUACAGCCGUUAAGUGGACAGAUAUGCCAUGUAUGUGGAGAUGAUGUAGGUCUAACAGUUGAUGGAGAGCUUUUCGUGGCCUGCAACGAGUGUGCUUUUCCCAUUUGCAGAACUUGCUAUGACUACGAACGUAGAGAAGGAAAUCAAGUCUGUCCUCAGUGCAACACCAGAUUCAGACGUCUCAAGGGUUGUGCGAGAGUUGAAGGUGAUGAAGAAGAAGAUGACAUUGAUGACGUGGAUAACGAGUUUGAUUUCGAUGGAAAUAAAAGACAGGAUAUGCAUGGAGGAGUGGACUCCAUGUUUCAUGGCCGCCUGAGCUACGGCCGUUCUUCUGACGUCGAUAUGCCUCAUGUUGCUCAGUUUCCUCUCCUUACCAAUGGUCAAAUGGAUGAUAAUAUUCCUCCGGUUCAACAUGCUUUGGUCCCUUCUUUCAUGAGAAGUGCCAAAAGGAUCCACCCUCUUCCUUUUUCAAAUUCUGUCCUCCCAGCGCAACCCAGAUUCAUGGAUCCUUCCAAGGACUUGGCUGCUUACGGCUAUGGAAGUGUUGCUUGGAAGGAGACGAUGGAGAAUUGGAAGCAAAAACAGGACAAACUACAAAUGACGAAGAAAGACAAUGGUGACAAAGAUUGGGAAUAUGAUGCCGAUGCUCCUGAUUUUCCGCUCAUGAAUGAGGCGAGACAGCCAUUGUCAAGAAAGCUGCCAAUACCACCCAGCCAAAUCAACCCUUACCGAAUGAUCAUCAUAAUUCGACUUAUAAUUCUUGGGUUCUUCUUCCAUUAUCGUGUUAUGCACCCUGUGAACGGCGCAUAUGGACUGUGGCUUGUAUCGGUUAUUUGUGAGUUUUGGUUUGCUGUUUCUUGGAUUCUAGAUCAAUUCCCAAAGUGGCUCCCUAUUGACAGGGAAACUUAUCUGGACAGAUUGUCCCUUAGGUAUGAGAAAGAGGGCCAACCUUCUCAUCUAUCACCCGUUGAUAUAUUUGUAAGUACAGUUGAUCCACUAAAAGAACCCCCUCUGGUGACUGCAAACACAGUUCUAUCCAUUCUUGCUGUGGAUUACCCAGUUGACAAGUUCUCAUGCUAUGUUUCUGACGAUGGUGCUGCUAUGUUAACAUUUGAAGCACUAUCAGAAACAUCUGAAUUUGCAAGGAAAUGGGUCCCUUUUUGUAAGAAGUUCAACAUUGAGCCUCGAGCACCUGAGUGGUAUUUUUCUGAGAUGUUAGAUUAUCUCAAAGAUAAGGUUCUAGCAUCAUUUGUGAAGGAACGAAGAGCUAUGAAGAGAGAGUAUGAAGAAUUUAAGGUUAGGAUCAAUGCUUUGGUUGCCAAAGCACAGAAGGUUCCAGAAGAAGGGUGGAUGAUGCAAGAUGGGACUGCAUGGCCUGGGAAUAAUGUUCGCAAUCAUCCUGGAAUGAUUCAGGUUUUCCUUGGCCAAAGUGGAGGAGAUGAUACAGAUGCAAAUGAAUUACCACGCCUUGUUUAUGUUUCUAGAGAAAAGAGACCGGGGUUCAAUCACCACAAAAAGGCUGGAGCAAUGAAUGCUUUGGUCAGGGUCUCUGCUGUGCUCACAAAUGCACCUUAUGUGCUGAAUCUGGAUUGCGAUCACUACAUCAAUAACAGCAAGGCUCUUAGAGAGGCCAUGUGUUUCAUUAUGGAUCCACUGAUAGGAAAGAGAGUGUGUUAUGUCCAGUUCCCACAAAGGUUUCAUGGUAUUGACAAGAAUGAUCGAUAUGCCAACCGGAACACAAUAUUCUUUGAUAUUAACAUGAAAGGUUUGGAUGGCAUUCAAGGGCCAAUAUAUGUUGGGACGGGAUGUGUGUUCAGAAGGCAGGCACUUUAUGGACAUGAUGCUCCAAAAACCAAAAGGUCACCAACCAGGGCUUGGAACUGCUGGCCUAAGCGGCGCUGUUGUACUAGAAGUGAAAAAAAGAAGAGUAUUGACAGACCAAAUUCCGAGAUAAAGAAAAAAAAUCUGAAGAAAGGAGAUACAGCACCAGAUUGUGCUUUGGAAGUUACUGAAGGGGGUAUUGAAGGAUCUGAAGUUGAAAAUUUCUGCCUACUGUCCGAUAGUAAGUUGGAAAAGAAGUUUGGGCAAUCUCCUGUGUUUGUUGCAUCUACCCUUGUAGAGGAGGGUGGGACACUGAAAAAUGCUAGUCCUGCUUCUAUACUGAAGGAAGCUAUCCACGUUAUCAGCUGUGGCUAUGAAAAUAAAACUGAAUGGGGGAAAGAGGUUGGUUGGAUCUAUGGUUCUAUUACAGAGGAUAUAUUGACUGGUUUUAAAAUGCACUGCCUUGGAUGGCGAUCCAUAUACUGUAUUCCUGCCAGGCCUGCAUUCAAGGGAUCUGCACCAAUUAAUCUUUCAGAUCGUCUGCACCAAGUCCUCCGAUGGGCCCUCGGAUCAGUUGAAAUAUUGUUGAGUAGGCAUUGUCCUCUUUGGUAUGGAUAUGGAGGGGGUUUGAAGUGGUUAGAGCGUCUUUCUUACAUCAAUGCCACUGUAUAUCCAUUGACUUCUAUUCCUUUGUUGGCCUAUUGUACUCUUCCUGCUGUUUGCUUGCUGACAGGAAAAUUUAUCACUCCCGAGCUCAGCAAUGUUGCUAGCUUGUCGUUUUUGUCACUUUUCAUCUGCAUUUUUGCGACAAGUAUACUAGAAAUGAGAUGGAGUGGGGUUGGCAUUGAUGAGUGGUGGAGAAAUGAGCAAUUUUGGGUAAUUGGGGGGGUUUCAGCGCAGCUGUUUGCUGUGUUCCAAGGGCUCUUAAAGGUUAUUGCUGGUGUGGAUACAAACUUCACUGUGACAUCAAAAGCCGGGGAUGAUGAAGAGUUGUCAGAGCUCUAUGCAUUUAAAUGGACCACACUGCUCAUUCCACCAACAACACUCCUUAUAAUAAACUUGAUAGGAGUGGUGGCUGGAAUCUCCAGUGCCAUAAAUAAUGGUUAUGAUUCAUGGGGGCCUCUGUUUGGCAAGCUCUUCUUUGCUUUCUGGGUAAUUGUUCAUCUCUAUCCUUUCCUAAAGGGCCUAGUGGGCAGACAGAACAGAACUCCCAUAAUCAUUAUUGUCUGGUCUAUUUUGCUGGCUUCCAUUUUCUCCCUGUUGUGGGUUAGAAUCGAUCCAUUUGUGGCCAAGUCAGAUGCCCCAGUUCUGGAGGAAUGCGGAUUGGAUUGUAAUUAGAAUUGGCAUUGAUAAAUGGUGGAGUGUGCAAGCCUGGAUCCAAUGUUUAUAUUGGAUGGCGUGAAUAUCUGUUUCCAACUCCAGUUCAACAAAAAUACCGGAGGGAAAACUUGACAACUGCAAGUUUGUACCAAUGGGCUUUAUAAUUCUUUAUUAGUUUUGUUCAUACAAAAAAGAGUUAGGAUGAAAACAGUUGACCUUUGCGUAGUAUUAUUUUAAUGAGUCUCUCACACUAUUCUAUUCACAAUAAA